GAAAGGCUCCGGUCGAUAUCUAACUGUAAAGAAGAAGGACGGCUCAGAGACGUCACGGUCUGUCAUGACCUGUAACCUCUCUCACAACUCCAAACACAUGGUACGAAACCUUCUGCAGAGGUUCCCCAUCACCAGUAAAGAGCGCACUGAUCUGCUGCCGCGCACAGAGAGAGCCGUCUUCACGUCUCCAGAGGCUGGCGACAAUAAAAACAGGACCAGCGGACGUCUGAGUCAUGGUAUUUCUCAGGUUCCUCAUAGGAGAGGCCCGUCUGAACUGGACUGUUUUCGGAGAGCACUGCCUGUUUAUGAGCUCCAGGAAGAAAUCAUACGAACCAUCAAGGAGAACCAGGUGGUGCUGGUUUUGGGUGAGACUGGGUCAGGCAAAACCACACAGAUCCCUCAGUUUCUCCUGGAUGAUUGUAGCCAGAAUGGAAUUCCGUGUCGGAUCUUCUGCACGCAGCCCAGGAGACUGGCGACCAUCUCUGUGGCGGAGCGUGUGGCGGCUGAACGCGGCGAGAAGAUCGGGCAGACCAUCGGCUAUCAGAUCCGCCUGGAGAGCAGAGUUUCUCCCAAAACUUUACUGACGUUCUGCACGAGUGGAGUUCUGCUGAGAACCCUCAUGUCUGGAGACGACGCGCUCUCCACUGUUACACACGUCAUUGUGGACGAGGUGCACGAGCGAGACGGUCUGAGAUUCUUACUCACCAAGAUGAAGGACGUCCUCCACAAGAUGCCCUCGCUGAAGCUCAUUCUCUCCAGUGCUACAUUAGAUGUCAAUCUGUUCAUCAGAUACUUUGGAGCCUGUCCUGUUAUUUACAUCAAAGGCUGUCCAUUUGACGCCAAGCAGCUCUUCCUGGAAGAUAUCCUGCGGACAACUAGCUACACCAACAAAGAUAUGAUUAAAUACAAGAAGGAGGCACAGAAAGAGGAGAGACAGCAGACGAAUCUGACCGAGUGGUGUGACGCCCGUCAGACGCUCCUGCAGCCCGAGUCUCGGAGAGACAAGACAUCCUCGUGUGUCCUACAGGACAAUGACCUGCUGGAUGAUGGAGGGGACAGUGUCUUUAGCCAGCUGAGUGAGAAGGAUGUGUCUACACUAGAGCCCUGGCUGCUCAGGGAAAUGGACGCCUGCAUCUCCAACAUUUUCCUGAACUACGAUGCCGACGCCUUCAUACAGCUGUUCAACCUGAUCCUGAACGAGAGCAUCAGUGUGGACUACAGUCACAGCGAGACGAGCGCCACUCCUCUGAUGGUGGCCGCAGGUCGAGGGUUUAUCAGUCAGAUGGAGCAGCUCUUGAGUAUGGGAGCAAACGUCAACAUCAAAGCCUCAAACGGCUGGACGGCUCUUGACUGGGCUAAACACUUCAAUCAAACUGAAUCUGUAGAUCUGCUCGAGUCUCACAUAUCGUGUGUUGAAUCGGGCGUGCUGGACGAGUCGUCUCUGGUGCAGACAGACGCUUGUGCUCUGAGUUCGGAAGAUAAGGAGCUGCUCAAAGCGUAUCAUCACAGCUUUGAUGACGAGCGAGUCGAUCUGGACCUCAUCCUACAUCUGCUCUUUAACAUCUCACAGAGCUCUAAUGAGGGCGCAGUGUUGAUUUUCCUGCCAGGAUAUGAUGAGAUUGUCUCUCUUCGAGAUCGCAUUGUCUUUGAUGAUAAAAGAUUUACGGACCAGCAGCAAAGGUUGCAGGUGUUUAUUCUACACUCCAGCAUGCAGACAGCAGACCAGAAGAAAGUUCUGAGAAACACUCCUAAAGGUGUUCGCAAAAUAAUUCUCUCCACCAACAUCGCAGAGACCAGUAUCACAGUCAGUGAUGUCGUGUUUGUCAUCGACUCUGGCAAAGUUAAAGAGAAAACCUAUGAUUCCCUGAAUAAUGUGACCAUGCUCAAGAUGGUGUGGAUAUCAAAGGCGAGCGCUCUCCAGAGGAAGGGCAGAGCGGGCCGUUGCAGACCAGGGAUCUGUUUCCAUCUCUUCAGUCGUCUGAGGUACAAUAACAUGCUGGAACAUCAGAUUCCACAGCUGCUGCGCAUGCCUCUGCAGGAACUGUGUCUGCACACUAAACUUCUGGCUCCCGUCACGUGUCCGAUUGCUGAGUUCCUGUCUAAAGCACCUGAGCCACCUCACCUACACACAGUUAAACAUGCUGUACAGAUGCUGAAGACCAUCGAUGCCAUGGACCCGUGGGAGAACCUGACUGAUCUGGGCCUCCACCUCGCUGACCUGCCCGUGGAGCCUCAUCUAGGGAAGAUGGUUCUGUGUGCGGUGGUACUGAAGUGUUUGGACCCAAUCCUCACCAUCGCCUGCACACUGGCACACAGAGACCCGUUUGUUUUGCCCUCUCAAGCCUCACAGAAACGAGUCGCCAUGCUGUGUAGGAAACGCUUCACUGCCAACACCUUCAGUGACCACAUGGCACUGCUUAGGGCUUUCCAGGCCUGGCAGAAGGCACGUAGUGAUGGCUGGGAAAGAGCUUUCUGUGAGAAGAACUUCUCUCUCAGGCCACCAUGGAGAUCAUCGUCGGGAUCGCGGACCCAGCUGUUGGGACAGCUCCGGCGACAGGUAACCGCAGCCGUUUUGUGCUGGCGAGGCGGUGGAGACAUUCGUGAUGUGAAUCUAAACUCAGAGAACUGCGUGGUGAAGGCAGCGCUGGUGGCUGGUAUGUAUCCCAACCUCAUCCAUGUGGACCGGGAAAACCUGACUCUGAUGGGAUCCAAAGAGAAGAAGGUCCGCUUUCACUCCACCUCUGUCCUGAACCAGCCUCACUACAAGAAGAUCCCUCCAGCCAAUGGCCAGACAGCAGCAGUGGAGUGUCUGCCCAGUGAUUGGCUGAUUUAUGACGAGAUGACACGAGCUCAUAGGAUUGCCAGUAUCAGGUGCUGCUCUGCUGUCACCCCGGUGACUGUGGUGAUAUUUGGAGGAUGUGCAAAACUCCCAAGCACUGCACUACAGGAACCUACAGUUCACAGAGGAGGUGAUGCAGUGAAUGAGAGCAGUGACAGUGAGAUGGAAGAUCGCUCCAGUGCUCAUCUGGCCCAUUUUAAGAUUGACGAAUGGGUCAAUUUCAAACUGAACCGAGAGAUGGCAGAGUUGGUGUUCGGUCUCAGACAGCGUUGGCAGAGUCUGUUUCUGAGGCGGAUUCGUGCUCCAUCUAAAGCGUGCUCGCAGCUGGACGAGGUCACCAUCCGUACGCUGGUGUCAGUGCUGACUGCAGAGGAGCAGAACGUGGGUCUGCAGCAGCCCACCGGCAUUGGCCAGAGGCCGCGACCUAUGACCUCUGAUGAGCCCCCACAAACGGCCUCAUGGAAAGGCAGCGGCGGGCACUGGAGCGCACUGGACCUGGAUCAGAGCGAUGAGCUAACUAGCCCCGAUAGAUCGUCUCGGGUGUCGUCUCACGUCUCUCAGCACAAGACUCACAGAGAGAAGACCUCCCAUCAUUCAAAGCGUGUUGGAGAUGAACACUUCCCCUUUAAGAGCGCUGACAGUCCGCUGCUCAACAGCCCCUCAUCCCCAGCCUCUGGAAAAUGUUGUAAGUCUCCAUCUCAGAGAGCGAUGCGGCUGUCUGUGAGAUACUUCAUCAUGAAGAGCAGUAACAUGAGGAACAUCGAGCUGUCUCAGCAGAAAGGAAUCUGGUCUACAACACCAAACAAUGAGCAGAAACUGAAGAGGGCGUUCCACGAGAGCAGCGCGGUCUUCCUCGUCUUCUCUGUGCAGGGAUCUGGACACUUCCAGGGUUAUGCUCGUAUGACCUCAGAGAUCAGCAGUGAGAGGUGUUUGGACUGGGGUUCGGCCGGUCUGGGUGGAGUGUUUAGCGUCGAGUGGAUCCGCACGGAGAAUCUUCCCUUCCAGCUCACACAGCAGCUGUUGAACCCCUGGAACGACAACAAGAGAGUUCAGAUCAGCCGAGACGGACAGGAGUUGGAGCCGCUGGCAGGAAGUCAACUGCUGCAGCUGUGGGAGCGCCUCGGUGCUAAACAACUGCACGAGGUGUGAGCAACCCGACUCAAUCAGAUGUAACUCGAUGUGUUUAUUAUGUAGGUUAUGGCCCCACUUUACUGUCUGUAAAACAUGAGGACAUUCAAUGUUUCUAUAUCAGCGUUACUUCAACAAAGAGAACGACUGUUUGUUUUCCUUUAAACCUUGUGACGUUCUCAGGGUGAUUUGGGCCGGUUAAAUGUUUUAUGAAUGUGACUGAUAAGUGUUCAAUGCAAAUGAUUCAUUGCUGUGAUUUUUAAAUGCGUAUUUUUUUGCCGUCUAUGAUGGUUUUGCACAGGUGUCAAGCGACUUUGUUCAUGUUUACGGUUUCACUUUAUUUCAGAAUGUCUGUUUUGCAUAUUUUAAUAUAGGAUUGAAUAGAAAAUAUGAAAUGCUUCAGACAGAUUUCGAGUCCCAAAGGCGAUCAUUUCAUGUUUUGGUGUCUUGAUUCUUUUAUUAAAAUAAAUUCUGUGCAUUUUCUGUGGAAACUGACCAUAACCUCCACUUGAAAUGUGCAUAUUAAACAACAAAACUCUCACUACAUACAAUAAACUCCAGUCUGUAAUUACAUUGAAUUUUAACUCUGGAAGAAAAGUUGUUCUUUAAUCCAGUUAAUUGGCGUGCAAAUGUUCAGUUUUCCCUUUUUGUUGACUGUUCGAUGUACUGAUUAUCAUUUUGUGGACCAUCAGUCAAGUUACUGAAUGUUUAGGAUCAUUUAGAUGUUCAGUCCAGUGAUGCAAAUAAUGCAGAAUUUGCAAUAAAAACGU